CAGAAGGCGAAGAAGUAGUCUGCGUGGUCGGUAUCCGGUAGAAUCGUUUUUGGUUCAGGUGUUUGGGCAACCCUAAAGCCGACGGGUACGAGCGCCUCGUUUAAAGCACUUUGCGGGGAAAGGCGCGUAUGCUUCGUUACAUGACGGGCUCCUGGUACGGUUAGCUGAACCGGCUGACGCUGCGAAUUUAAGGCUAGAUAAGUCGCACACAACCUUAGCCACGGCUUUAACUUAUAGUUAGACAAACGUUAGCUAAAAGUCCGACAUGACACAACAAGCUGCUGCUCUGCAGACCUACAACAAUGAACUUGUUAAAUGUAUCGAGGACCUGUGCUCCAAGCGGGAUGAGCUGAACCGUCAGAUCAAGCAGGAGGAAGAGGAGAAGGAGCGGCUGCAGCAUGACAUCAGCGUCCUGUCCGAGAAGCUGAACAGAGUCAACGAGAGCCUGGCGCAGAGACAAGCUGCCCGAGCCACCUUUAAUCGCACCAUCAAGGAGACAGAGGCAGCAUACAGCAAGAUCCUGGAGAGUUCGCAGUCUCUUCUGAGCGUCUUGAAACAGGAGGCGGGAAACCUCAGUAGAGCUACAGAGCCUCGGAGGAAGGAGCACUAGGAACUGUUGCUCCUUUUGACCACAACCACACGUCUCACUCUGACUCUGCACUUUUUAUGCAGUUUGGACUAUUUGUAAUAUAUCUUACUGAUCAAUGGUAAAUUCUUAAAUCCAAUAAAUGUUUCAUGUCAC